CAUGUGCAGGUAGGCAGUUACCAGGUUGUUGAAGAAACCCCGCUCUGCUCUCUGCCUUCAGAGACUUUAUCCUUCAGUCCUGCACAGUUUAAUUUUCCGACCAGAAAAAGAAACAGAACAAUUCCAUAUUUAUUUGUAAAUUAUGGAGGACAUACUUUUUGAUUUCGAACAGGAUGGCAACACUGAUUUUGCAUUUUGGGGACAGAUGGACCAAAACUUCCAGCUUCAGACGCAACUGGACACUUUCCUGCUGGACUACACAGCAGCCACAGGCCAGCUCUCGCCCUGGUCCUCCUUCGGCAGUCAGUCCAUGUUCCCGGAAGCACAGCUGACCUUCACCGACCUCGACGUGCAGUCUCCGGGUGCGGGUGUCUGCGCUGAAGGGGAAACCUCCUCCGUGGACGAACCCCUGGAGGUGAGCAAGCGCAGGGCGCGGCGGCUAGUGACCCAUCACCCGUACAAGGUGCAGCGGCAUGCCGCCAACAUCCGGGAGAGGAAGAGGAUGCUGAGCAUCAAUUCCGCCUUCGAGGAGCUGCGCUGCCACGUGCCGACGUUUCCCUACGAGAAGCGGCUGUCGAAGAUAGACACCCUGAGGCUGGCCAUAGCCUACAUCGCCCUGCUCAGAGAGAUCCUCAUGUCGGGCUGCGACCCCAAAUCCUACGUGGAUGAGUGCAUGAAGAAUGGCUACAAGAAUCAAACCAACGCCAUCUGGAACACAAGUGAUCUGACAGCCCGCCUCUCUUGGAUAAAGUGGGAUUAACUGAGGAUCAUGGGGCACCCUGAGUGUGGAGAUUGCAUCGGGGAGGAGGUUCAGGUUUGUUCCUCCCUCUUCUCUCUACAUGUCAAAGACAGGCGGCCGGGCCGGCGUGACAAACCCCGACCGAUCGACAUCUGCAGACUUCUCAGCGGGUCACACACCUCCAGGCUUUCUCAACCCCAUCUACUCCUUCGUCCUCGGUGGCUUUUAAUAUUCUAAUUUAUUGUUGACUGGUAAUUGAGAGCCAUUGUUUCUGGAGCUCGGGGGGAAAGAGGGUUGGCAGUGUUUGCCCAAAUGGAUGGCACUUGUGAAACAGAGAGAGAGAGGGGCACUGGCAUGAGACUGAAUGGACUCUAUAAGGGCUCAUACUUCUGCAUGUAGCGCUGAAGUGUUUUCUGGACUCUCGCUCAUUAGUCUGCGAGUCGAUGUGUUAAAAAGAGCCUUGGUGAUGUAAAUGAGACAAUGGGCGUUAGAAGCAGAAUCAGUGCAAUGUGUUUUAGCAUGUCAGGUGCUGUUUCCAAAGAUGGCAAGGCUAAUCUGUUUUAUGUGCAACCUCUAUCAUCUGUUGUGUUAUUUAUUCAUUUAUUUAUUUAUAAUGAUUGCGUAUUUAUGAGAAAAUACUUGUAUUUGUACAAACUGUGAUUAUUUAUUGUUCUGUAACUCCAUAAGACUGCUGUGUUUAUUUUGAUUUCCUGUACAUUUGAAGCUACUCCAUAUGUGA